UUGGACUGUUGUGAAUGUUGCUUUAUAUGUUUCAGGUAUAUUUUCAAUUCUUAUAACUUUAUUAACCGCUACCCCGAACGUUCCGUCAACUAUUAUGCAAAGGCGGAGGAGACAGAAUUUGACCGGCAGAAACUUUUUGCCGAAGUCAGACAAAUCUAUUUGGAUGAUGAAGCGUCGAUUUCUCCCUGUAGUUCGAAAAAGGACUAUGAUUGUGAGUUGGUGAUAGGAAGGGACCAAAUGAUGGCAGUGCUUCCUCUAGACUUUUGCUAUCGCUGUGAAACACUCACGAAAGAGAAGUUAUUAAUGAAAGCACUUGAGAAAAGCUACCGGUCGUUCAAGUGUGAAAUUUGCAAAACUGUUAACGAAAUCAGAAGUGAAGAAAUGAACAAUGUACUGGCUCAGUGUUCUUGUGGAUACACUGUUUGCUCAAAGUGUUUGAAUGAAGCGCAUCUGCCACUGACGUGCGAUGAUGCCAGAAAGUACCGGGAGUUUCGCUCAGUAAACGGCCAACCACCGAUAAAUAUCAAAGUACGUCAGUGCCCUCAUUGUAACGCAUACUUCCAACGCUCGGGCGGGUGCAAUAAUAUAACAUGUACGUGCGGAACACAAUUCUGCUAUAUAUGUUGCCAGGAAUGGGGUGAUUCUCACAAAAACUGUGUUGAUGCAGGGCAAGUAAGCAUUUAUAAUGUUCUUAGGGCAGAAGAGAUUGAGAAUGUAUAA